AUGGCCGGUCGACGUUCUGCCCGCGCAGCUGCCAAAGCGCCCGUCAAAUAUACUUCAGACUCAGACGACUCCAACUUUGGCACGAAGAAGCCGAGGAAGUCGACUAUGAAGGCUGCCCAACCAACCGCAAAGCAAGGUAUCAAGCGCUCGCAAUCGCCUGAUGACGAGGCGGAAAAGGCUCCAAAGCGCCGUAAGAAAUCACCUAAGACACUCGCAGCUGAGUACGCAGAGAAGAGCAAGAAGCAAGAGAAAAAGGCACAGAAACAGCAGGCGAAGCAGAGGUGGGAUGAUUGGCUCAAAGAGAACGAUGUAUCCGGCAGACUGCUUGACUCCGAACCCGAACGUGAGGAUUGCGUGACGCAGACCGACUCCCAGAAGCAGUACGGCUUGAAGGCGAACGAGUUGGUCACCCUGGAGCACUUCGAAAAGGCCAACCAGUACGGUGGCCAGACAAAGUUGUUCCUGAAGGACGAUGUAAAGAAAGUGGCAUUCCGGAAGUACGGCCUACUCGCAGGCUGGACAGAUGAGGGGGAAAUCAUAGACAAAGGCGAAGGAUUGUGGAAGAAACAGUAUGGUCCUGAUGCGCAAGACUCCCCCAAGGAGCAGGCGAAAGAAGCAACGCCCAAGCCAAAGACAUCGAAACAGAACUGGGCAGCUUAUACGAAAGAACACAACGUCGGCGACAAAAAGCUUUCUGGAGAGCCAGAAGACGGUAUCAACCAAACCGACAGUAAAACGCAUUACUUACUAACACCCAGCGACUUGGCUUGCCUACCGCAUUUCCCAAAACCUAAUUCCAAGUAUGGCAACACGACAAAGCUUUUCAACAAAGAAGAUGUACAAAAGCUCGCAUACCGUAAGGCCGCGGUUGUCGCGAGCAUUGAAGAGGGCAAGGAUACGGAAGAGUUCCUAAGCAAGGGAGAAGACGCACUUGACCUGGCGGUGGCCGCUACCACCAUGUCUAAGAUGCACGAAGAAGCCUAA